AUGAGCACCCCUCGCAGCAUCCUCAUCAUCGGAGCCAACGCGAUACAACCAUCUCAGUCCUACUUACAGGAGAGCCGCAUCAUCGCCAAAGAGCCGGGCGAAGCGGAACGCAUCGAAAAAUUCCGCAAACUUGGAAACACCUUUACUUCUAGUGACCUCACCCUCGACUUCGAAGAGAAACUCGCCCCAAUAUUCAAGGAAUUUGAUGUCGUCAUUUGUUGCACCGGGUACAUGACCUAA